UCUAAGCAAGGUGUGAAGGAACCAUAAUUUUUGACAGAAAGAAUUACAUGGAAUAUUGUAUAUGGUUAUUACUUGGGAUAUUAUUGUUUAGUGGAUUAGUCAAUGUCGGAAAUAAAUCGUUGCGAUAUUAAUGUAGGGUGUCAAACAGUCAAUGUCUGUUUAACGUAAGACGAUAAAUUUGACAGAAGCACUUCAUAGUGGGUGGUGGAUUCGAGGCUAGAAAAGAAAUCCUACAGUUAAGGAAUUUCAUCCCUUCAACCGUUUCUGAUGAGCUCUGACACCGUGCACUUCGUGUUAGUAACAUGGCUGUACAAUUGGACAGCGGAGGAAAGGAUGAUUUAAAAACACAAUUUGUCACGAGGGAAGGAACGUAUCAACUGAUGACCUUGUCGGAAUAUUCUAGGCCGAAUAGGGUUGGAUACACGAAUAAUCAAGGCAGUGCUUCUGUCCGGGUUUCAUUUGUCACAUUGCCGGAUCCCACAGAUCCCACUGGCACGCAAGGACUCGGGGAUCGAAUGUGCUUUAAUUUCGGCAAGGAGCUUUACGUCUACGUCUAUCGUGGCGUUAAAAAGGCUGUGGAUUUAAAUAAACCAGUUGAAAAGAAGUUGUACAAAGGAACCAAUCCCACUUGUCAUAAUUUUAAUCAAAGUGCUGCAACAGUUGAUGGUGCACCACUUCUAGUCGGCUUUUCAACGGGUCAAAUUCAACUUAUAGAUCCAGUUAAAAAGGACAAUAGUACAUUGUACAAUGAAGAACGGCUUAUAGAUAAAACAAAAGUUACUUGCAUCAAGUGGAUUCCCCAAUCAAGUAACUUGUUUCUCGUCUCACACAGUUCAGGUCAACUGUAUUUGUACAACAAGGAACUUUUAUGCGGAACUACUUCACCGCAUUAUCAGCCAUUUAAAUCCGGCACUGGUUAUGCUAUUCAUACAUGUAAAACAAAGUCGACAAGAAAUCCACUCUACCGAUGGGUUAUUGGGGCCGAUGGUUGUUGUAUAAACGAAUUUGCUUUUAGUCCCUGCGGGACAAAUUUAGCUGUUGUGUCUCAAGACGGGUUCCUCAGAGUAUUUCAUUACGAUACGAUGGAGCUCAUGGGGUCGGCGAGAAGCUACUUUGGUGGAUUCCUUUGUGUUUGCUGGUCACCCGACGGUAGAUAUGUUGUUGUUGGUGGUGAGGAUGAUCUUGUUACAAUUUGGAGCUUCAAUGACAAGCGAAUUGUUGCUCGAGGACAGGGCCAUCACAGCUGGGUCAGUGUUGUUGCCUUUGAUCCUUACACUACAUCCUAUGCAGAACAGGAUCCAGAUUUCAGUGGUUCAGACGACGAGACCAUUCCACAACACAAUUACCAUCAUAUCCGCGAGAAGACAACAAGGCCUUCGACUACUUCGCAAAGCGGACAGUCGAAUCGAAAUUCAUGCAGCUCUGAGAUUAGAGUCUCGGGUGGUACUUGCUACAGACUAGGCAGUGUUUCACAAGACACUCAACUUUGUCUCUGGGACAUUACAGAAGACGUGCUGCGACAGCCCGUUUGUCCAAAGCAGAGGCCAUCGGUCGUGAGUUCCCUCUCCAAUGUUUGCAAUUCCAGUGGUAACGGUGCCACAUCGAAUCACUUCUCGAAUCACAAAUACAAUAAUGUUAAUAAUGUUCACCUGAAAGAGAAAGUGAUCAGCAAUGACGGUAGCAACAACGCAAGCACGAACACAGCAGCGUCGACAGUCAACUCCUUGACCCAAAGGUUAGCGGGACUGGGAUUUGGCGAGCGAAAAAGCGAUAAUCACAAAAGGAAUUUCAGCCUCACCAUGAAGAACAACUCUGCGGGCAAUAAUUCCAUAGUUCUAAGUUGUGGAGGUGAUAAGACGAGUAGUAAUUCUAAUGGAAGCAAUAUGUACAGUGGAAGUGGAAAUUUGAGUUCGAGUAAAAAGUCCGGAUCGGCAAUAGAUGAUCCCAUGAAGUUGAUAGGAACAGCCUGGUGUCCGAGAUUCGAUGAGUGCCCAGUGCUCGAACCGCUGGUGUGCAAGAAACUUGCGCACGAAAGACUGACUGAAUUAGUAUUUAGAGAAGAUUGCUUCGUAACAGCGUGUCAGGAUGGAUACGUCUAUACAUGGGCAAGACCUGGCCACAUGGUAGGUCCCCUCACCAUCAGCAACACGCUGCAUAGACCGCAUCAUCCAAGUCACCCCUACACUAAUGUCAAUUUUUCAAGGUCUAACGAUCUAUGAUGAAUCGAACAACCUAUUAGCGAUUCUACAUAAUGUGGAAUUUUCUAAUAUUUAUCAUUUAAGGAAUUUGUACAUAUUAAUAUAUUCCAGAUUAAUAUCUUA